AUGCAAAACUAUGCAAAUCUUUGGACGAUUUUAUUGUUAUUCACCUUUAAUAUUCAACGCUUUGGAACCUUCGAUACGAAUGGCAAAUCACAGGCGUCUCUGACCUUGUUCAAGGAUUUGGAAGGAGAAUGCAAUACAUAUUGCUUGAAUAUUGUAAAGCCCAUAUUGCAGCAAACAAAGCAACAUCACUUCACGGAAUUACAGGACAAAAUCAAGGAGCUGGAUAGGAUGGUCAAGAUGACAGAGCAACAGGUAAAUACGGUCAAAAUAAAACUGGGAGUUUGUGAGAAUUCUACGGUCAUCAAAGAGCAUCUAUGGCGAGAUCAAAUGAACCGAAAGACCUCACAGCUAAAUGAGCUGCAAAAGAAAGCCGAAGCGAAUCAGGAGAGUCUCAAGAAUUCGGAGACACAAUUGACCAGUCUGCAGAACCGUAUUGGUAUCUGUGAGGAAACAGUUCGGAAUAAAGAAGUACAAUUCACGCAGCUCAGGGAAUUGAACGUGUCCUGUAAUAACAGCAGCCGAAUUAAGGAUGAUCUAAUUGAGACGAACAAGGCCUUGAUCAAUCGACAUAAUGCCGCCUCAGAGGGUGAAUUGAUUAAACUGGAAUUAAAGGAUCGUCGCAUAGCUGAACUGGAGGCCAAUGUGAAAGUCAACGAAAAAAUUGUCGCCGAACAGCGAAACCAAAUUACCAAAGACGAUCUAAAGAUAAAACAAUUGAUUCACAAGCUAUUUAUAUACGAUAAACAAGUCAAGACUUGUCAUGCGACGAGCUGUCUGGGCAAAUCUACAGAUAUACAUGUGAAUAUAGUGCCCGGAGCUGAGCCCUUCCCUGUAUUCUGUGACUCGCAUCUGGUCGGCUCCGGCUGGACUGUGCUAUUACGUCGUCGCGAUGGUUCGGUCAGCUUCUUUCGCAAUUGGAAUGAUUAUAGAAUUGGUUUUGGUGAUUUAAGAGGUGAAUUUUUCAUGGGCUUGCAGAAGAUACAUUUGAUAACCUCAUCACGACGCCAUGAGCUCUUGAUAUAUCUUCAAGACUUUGAUAAUCAAAUUCGUUAUGCCUACUACGAUAAUUUCAAAAUAGGCAACGAAUCCGAAGAUUUUGGCUUGCAUGUUCUGGGCCAAUACAAUGGGUCGGCAGGUGAUGCGCUCUCAGCGCAAAAAUAUAUGAAAUUCUCCACACCAGAUCGCGACAACGACCAAGCGGAAAAUAAUUGUGCACAGGAUUUUGAAUCGGGCUGGUGGUUUCGUAAAUGUUAUUAUUGUAAUUUAAAUGGAGUAUAUUUCAGUUCCAAAAGAACAAAUCAAUAUGGCAUUAAUUGGUUUGCUUGGCACAAAAAUUCAUUGCGAUUCGUUCAGAUGAUGAUAAGACCCAAACGGCGUUAA